UGUCCCCAGUCUGGUUCGGUGGGUAAAAAGAUGGGGGGUUUCUCCAAAGGACAGGUCCAAAUGUCUGCUACCGUUAACAGAAAGGUUUGCUCUCCAGGUGACACUCUGUCUGUUGUUGCCCAAAUCAGCAACUCCUCUUCCAAAAAGAUGAAGCCAAAAUUCAGUUUCCAACAGAAAGUAGUGUACCAUGCCAGGGGCUCCACUAACAGCAGUGACAAAACUCUGUGCAAAAUGGUUGGGGAGACCAUUGCAGAGAACUCAGAGGAGACUGUGUCAUGCCAUUUAAAGAUUCCUCUCGAUGGCGUCUACACUCUCCAUAACUGUGAAAUCAUCUCAGUUGAACAUUACCUCAAGGUGUAUUUGGACAUCAAAUUUGCCUUUGACCCAGAGGUGGUGUUUCCACUGGUCAUCGUUCCUUCGAGCUUUGCUGCUCUUCAGCCUGAUGAGGGUGUGGGGCCUUAUCCAGCUGGGGCUGCUGGGGGCCAGAGUUACAGCGAUUUCCCUCCCUCUGCCUUCCCUGUUGGACCUUAUCCUGUAC